GUUCAUUUGUACACCACAGAAGAAGAACCUCGUGACGUAAUUUAGUUUUCCUAAAAUGGCGUCGCUUUUGUAAACCUCCGUGUUUAUGUCCCGUUAACGAAUCUUAACACUGUUUUAUUGGAUAUUGACAAGGUAGUUUUAGUCAUGGCUGAGCAGAGUAACGGUAACCCGGAGGGCAUCGUGGGCCUGGAUGAGCCCAAAAAGAUGACCCGGGAAGACUGGAGGAAGAAGAAGGAGCUGGAGGAGCAGAGAAAGCUAGGAAACGCUCCAGCCGAGGUGGACGAAGAGGGCAAGGACAUUAACCCGCACAUCCCUCAGUAUAUAUCCUCAGUGCCAUGGUAUAUCGACCCAUCCAAAAGGCCCACGCUUAAACAUCAGAGACCGCAGACGGAAAUUCAGGAGCAGUUCUCUGCCAUUGGAGAAUGGUAUAAAAGAGGAGUGCAAGAGAACUCACUCACCACUAAAUACCGUAAGGGUGCCUGUGAGAACUGUGGCGCCAUGACUCACAAGAAAAAGGACUGCUUAGAGCGGCCCAGAAAAGUUGGAGCCAAGUUCACCGGCACGGGCAUCGCCCCAGAUGAACACUCUCAGAUCCAACUCAAACUGGACUACGACGGAAAGCGAGAUCGCUGGAACGGCUACGACCCUGAGGAACACCAGCGCAUUGUGGAGGAGUACGCCAAAGUGGAUCUGGCCAAAAGGACGCUGAAGGCUCACAAGCUGCAGGACGAGUUGGCAUCAGGAAAACUGGACCAAUCCGAGCGGGAACAUGACAGCGAAGACGAGGAUGAAGAUAAAUACGCAGAUGACAUCGACAUGCCGGGUCAGAACUUUGACUCCAAGAGGCGAAUCACCGUCAGAAAUUUGCGUAUCAGAGAAGACACGGCCAAAUACUUGAGGAACCUGGAUCCAAACUCCGCCUACUACGAUCCAAAGACGCGAGCAAUGAGGGAGAACCCGUACUCCAGCACUGGCAUGAACCCCGACGAAGUGGGGUAUGCCGGAGACAACUUUGCCCGCUACACCGGAGACACCAUAACCAUGGCUCAGACGCAGAUGUUCGCUUGGGAAGCCUACGAGAGGGGCUCGGAGGCGCAUCUGCAGGCUGACCCCACCAAGCUGGAGCUGCUUCAUCGGUCCUUCAAGGUCAAGAAGGAGGACUUUAAAGAGCAACAGAGGGAGAGCAUCCUGGAGAAGUAUGGCGGCCAGGAGCACUUGGACGCCCCCCCACGGGAGCUGCUGUUGGCUCAGACGGAGGACUACGUGGAGUACUCCCGUCACGGCGCCGUCUUGAAGGGUCUCGAGAAAGCAAUCGCUCGCUCCAAGUACGAAGAAGACGUACUCAUCAACAACCACACCUGUAUUUGGGGCUCCUACUGGAAGGACGGCUUCUGGGGAUACAAGUGCUGCCACUCCAUGGUCAAGCAGAGCUACUGCACAGGAGAGGCUGGAAUUGGAGUUAGCAACAGUGAGUGUGUUCCGUUCGAAGAAGGUGUGAAUGAGCCUGAAGAAGAGGAGGAGCAGACCAAGACCCUGCUGGAGAUGCAUCAAGAAAAGAUGAAACAGAAGAAGAAGAAAAAGAAGAGUAGAAGGAACAAGAAACACGUCCCACUGCAGGACAGCAGCGACUCCGAGGACGAAGAGAAGAAGAAGGAGAAGCUGAAGAAGGCGUUGGACGCAGAAGACAAGCGCGUGAAGCACGUGGAAGCGAUGAUGCAGCUGGAUGAGAGGAAGCGGCCGUACCACAGCCUGCAGGAAGUGAAGGCACCCACUGAGGAGGAGAUGGAGGCCUUCCGCAUGAAACGCUGCCGCCCUGAUGAUCCCAUGGCUUCCUUUCUCGGACAGUGACCUCUCCUUAUGUCCACACGUCCAAACCUUUGCCCAGAGCAAUUGCUUGGAAGCCUGUCGCCGAAACCCACAGCACAUCUUAGUUUGGUACAAGUUUGUUGUGUUUUUCUGUGGCAAAGGGUCUACAAGGCUAGCAUUAGUGAUCAAGCUUUUCCAGUUUUAUGGAACACACCAUAUUUUUUUUAUUAUUGUCGUCAAACCUAACAUGAAACAGUCAUUUCACCUUCUCGUCAAUACAUAUUGAGUAUGAA